CAUCAACAACUCUAUGGCGCGCCCCCCGUCCACCUACGCCGCGACGUGCGACCUACCCGUCGAUGUAUACGUCAAUCAACUUCGAUCAUAAAGCUCCCCCCGUGCCAGCCUUAUCCUACUGGGACCCCGAUACGCCGUCACCACUCGCAUCUACCUGCUCACGAGACUCGUCAGACUCACCAAUGAAUCCGUAUCUCGCUCCACCACCAGAUGUCCUCAACCAACUACCUGUACUUACUCCCUAGGGCGACACCCCUUCUUCCUGCGUCUCCACUAUCCAUAUUUGACAGUCCGCUUUCACCGAGGGCACUGACAUUUCUCCGUACACCUACGCCCACACCAACCAGAACGACGUUCCUGUUACCAGCCUCGCCUCUUCCAGUAACCUCUCCAUUCCUAACCCCGAGCUUUCUGUUCCCGCGGACGCCGCCUCCUUUUCCGGAACGAAAGAGGAAGGUGUCCGUGUACGAUGUUGUCAGGGAUAUCGCGGAAAGGAAGGGUAGCGUUGGUAGUAUGGUGAGAAUACGGGAGACAAUGAGGUUGGAGUUCUACCAGUCACUGUUCCUCAAGAGACAGAAGGAUAUGGAUGACCGUUCAAAUGAUAAAAAGAAAGGAGAGGGAGAUCGAUGGAAGAUAAAAGGCAUCUGGGGACGGCUGGUUGGCGGGAGAGACAGCCGGUUAGCCAUGGAGGAGAAGGAAAUAGUACUAUUUGGAGGCCGCGUGAGGAUAUCUAGGCUUCAAGGCAUAGUCUUUCGAGACUCGUCUUUGCCAAAAAGGUAGUUGUGUUGUGUAAAGCGUUUUCUAAACUGUAUGGAUUUCCAGAAAAUAACGUCCCAUGUUCGAGGGCCUCGCGGUAGUUAUUGAGCUCUAAUUCAGUACGGAUUUCAAAGUAGACUGAAAACUUCCAGAGUUCGAGUGACGUAUACGUCAAGUGAUCAUUGGCGCACAUGUAGAGAACUAUGGUAGAUAGUGGCAACAUGAUGUCGUUGUGCUAGCGAAGAGUGUGUGUUGGAUCCACGGCACUCUCGGAAGUUGAUCGACGUAAGAAUCCCGGAAGAUGUCACGUUUCUUCGAUGCGCAACCCAG